AUGAUAUCGUUUUCAUCGCUUCCAGAUGAAAUCAUUGUGAACUGUUUAGCACGCGUCUCAAAAUCUCAAUACCUUUCACUCAGCACAGUCUCGAAGAGCUUCCACACUCUCCUCUCUUCUCCAGAGAUAUACGCAGCUCGUUCUCAAGUCGGAGCCACAGAGCCACGCCUCUAUUUACGUAGUCAUCGCUGGUACAAUCUCACGAGUCUCGGCAACAGCGACAAUGAUGAUGAUGGGAUCAUCAGCGAAAUAAAAAUAACGAGGGAGUUGAGUUUAGUACCUGUAAGACUACGACUUCUCUCUUCCUGUGGUCGAUUAAGAGAAGCCUCCUUUUUAGCUGUUGGUUCCGACAUCUACCAGUUCGGAGGAAUCAACAAGAAGAAGGGAAAGCGAUCUAGAUCCGUACGCAUGCUUGAUUGUCGGAGCCACAUGCAACGUCGUGCUCCUAAGAUGAGGGUGGCAAGGGAAGGCGCCAAAGCUUGUGUUUUAGAUGGGAAUAUAUAUGUAAUGGGAGGAGGAUGCAGGAAGAACAAAGAGUCUUGGGGUGAAGUUUUCGACGUAAAGACUCAGACAUGGAACAAGGAGCUACUGCCUAGCCCUAGUGCUAGUGGUGAAGAAGAUGAAUUUGAUUGUAAUUUUGAAGUUUUAGUCCUUGGAGAAAAGAUAUAUGUUAUCACCGAGCAUAACAAAUAUGUAUUUGAUCCUAAAGAAGGAAGAUGGUUGAUGCUAGACAUGGGUUUUGUGGAUCUAAAACGCAUAGUAAAAAUAGGUACGGUUUGGUGCGUUGUAGAUAAUUUACUGUUUUUGGAGUUUUGCGACGAUAGUUUGCGGUGGUAUGACAUGAGCUCUGGAAAGUGGUUGAUGGUUGAGGGUUUGACAGAUCUGUUGUAUACUAAGGUUGAAUGUCAUUACCGUAUGGUUCAAUUAGUUAACUAUGGUGGAAAACUGGUGAUUGUGUGGGUAGUGUUGCCUGACUUUGUAUAUAAGCAGCUUAUUCCAGAAGAGAGAAUUUGGUUUGCGGUGAUUAGGUUGGAGAAGCAUCUCACUUCAUCUGGACUUGUGAUUUGGGGAGAGAUUGAACAGUUGAACUAUCUUGUUCACGGUUCAUGUAAUCCCUUGACCUGCCUAACCGUCUCUCUUUGA